CCGUCCCGGAAGUGCAAACUCGGAGGUCGUGCAGGUGGGGAUUCCGCGGUCUCGGCGGCCUCUUUCAAGAUGCCAGGAGCCGCGGACAAGGCCUCGGAGUUGUCCGAGAGGAUUGAGAGUUUCGUGGAGGCCCUGAAGCGGGGCGGCGGGCGGCGCAGCUCUGAGGACAUGGCUCGGGAGACCCUGGGGCUGCUGCGCCGGAUCAUCAUGGACCACCGCUGGAGCAACGCAGGGGAGCUGAUGGAGCUAAUCCGCAGAGAAGGCCGGAGGAUGACGGCCGCGCAGCCCUCAGAGACCACCGUGGGCAACAUGGUGCGGAGAGUGCUCAGGAUCAUCCGGGAGGAGUAUGGCAGACUCCACGGACGCAGCGAGGAGAGCGACCAGCAGGAGUCCCUACACAAACUCUUGACAUCCGGAGGCCUAAGCGAGGAUUUCAGCUCUCCUUAUGCCCAACUCCAGUCCAACAUCAUUGAGGCAAUUAAUGAGCUGCUUGUGGAACUGGAAGGGACAACGGAGAACAUUGCAGCCCAGGCUCAGGAGCACAUCCACUCUAAUGAGGUGAUCAUGACCAUUGGCUUCUCCCGAACAGUAGAGGCCUUCCUCAAAGAGGCUGCGCGGAAGAGGAAAUUCCAUGUCAUUGUGGCUGAGUGUGCUCCUUUUUGUCAGGGUCACGAAAUGGCAGUCAAUUUGUCUAAAGCAGGUAUUGAGACAACUGUCAUGACUGAUGCCGCCAUUUUUGCUGUGAUGUCAAGAGUCAAUAAGGUGAUCAUUGGCACGAAGACCAUCCUGGCAAAUGGUGCCCUGAGAGCUGUAACAGGAACUCAUACUCUAGCAUUGGCAGCAAAACACCAUUCCACCCCACUCAUCGUCUGUGCCCCUAUGUUCAAGCUUUCCCCACAGUUCCCCAAUGAAGAAGAUUCAUUUAAUAAGUUUGUGGCUCCUGAAGAAGUUCUGCCCUUCACAGAAGGGGACAUUCUGGAGAAAGUCAGCGUUCAUUGCCCUGUGUUUGACUAUGUUCCCCCAGAGCUCAUUACCCUCUUUAUCUCCAACAUUGGUGGGAACGCACCUUCCUACAUCUACCGCCUGAUGAGUGAACUGUACCAUCCUGAUGAUCAUGUCCUAUGACACCACUCGUCCUGAGCAGAAACUGCUUAGCAAACACAGAAUGGAGACUUCAGUGCCACUGCUGAAAUGUAUUUUCCUUGUAAUGGGGGAGUGAACUGGAGUCAACCUAAAAAAAAUGGAUACCAUUGCGUACCUUUUUAGUCACCCUAUAACAAGGAUGCACAUCCAGGAAAGAGAGAGAGAGAGAGAGAGAGAGAGAGAGAGAGAGAGAGAGUGAGUUUGCGUGUUUGCCUUUCAGGUCUUAACAGAGCAGCAGGGCUUAACCUAUUGUUUUUGGAGCUUCUUAGUGACCUGGGGUGUCUGUUUCAGGAACUUUCUGGUUCGGUGGUGUGUUAAACAUAACACUGAACAGCUUGCUGGGAUACAGGUUUUUGCUCAGAAUGGCUACCACACCUUUUCGUAGGCUGUGCCAAUAAAAGCUGCUCGAAGGUUCCUGACUUGGUUUAUUUAUUGUUCUGCUCUGAUUGAACUGCCUGAAACAGCAGCAGCAGAGCCUUUUCGUGUUUCCAUAGAGGGCUGUAAUUAGGAACAGUCUAAAACAGAGAAGUACAAAUGAAGUAUUUACAGUUUCCUUUAUAAUUUACUGGAAAUGGUCCCAAACAACUUGUUAGUAAUCUAAGAGUGUGGUUCCAAAACCUCUCUGAUCAUUAGAACCAUCUGGGAGCUUAAAAAAACAAACAUUCUUGGGCUCCAUCCCAGACCCACUACAUCUGAUCUCCAGGGUGGCACCUGGGAAUCUGUUUAAAGCUCCCUAGAAAAGGACUCCCUCAUGUACUGUUAAUAGGAUUGUAAACUGGUACAGUCUUUUCUAGGGCAGUUUUGAAUCUGUACUUCUAGAAUUAUUUGUACAAGCGCACAAAGUUAUAGACGAGACUGUCUAUUUUAGCAGCUGUAAUAUAGCUUAAGGGUUCAGCAAUAACAUUUUGUAUUCUGUUAGUUAAAAGCAAGAAAGGUUUUAAAAUAAUGACAUACCAUGGAAGAUUAUGUAUCCACUGCAUUAGAGGUUUCAAAAGGGUGACUUGAGGGCAGUGUCUGGAUUGAAGACAUUUUGGCUGGUUCACCCAGUAUUUAAUUUGAAUUAGUUAUCAAUACUUAAAUAUCUGGAGAUUGCACAUUAAACAAAUUUAAUUUCUUGCUUCUUUUGAGAACUCAAAAGGUCUGGCGAUUCUGAAUCCACAUUCCCAAGAGGCAGCAGUUGGCUAGAGUUGGGUAGCUUCUCAUUUCAUUAGAUGGAAAACCUCCAGUUUUCUGCAGUUCUUCCCUGCUCCAUUUAACUUAUUUAUGUUAUCUGCCUAACCCCUGUAAGGCAUUUGAUAUAUGAGCCUUGUGUAAAUGAAUGGCAUAGAUUUGUAAGAAAGUCCAUUUUAUAUUGUUAAAAACAAGAUGGGAAACGAAGCAAGAUGCAGAGCAACAUGCUUAAUAUGAUCCUUCAUUAAAACAAAACAUGUAGCCCUAACUGGUUUGGAUCAGUGGAUAGAGCGUCGGCCUGCAGACUGAAGGGUCCCAGGUUCGAUUCCAGUCAAGGGCAUGUACCUGGGUUGCGGGCACAUCUCCAGUAAGGGGGUGUGCAGGAGGCAGCUGAUCGAUGUUUCUCUCUCAUCUGAUGUUUCUAACUCUAUCCCUCCCUCUUCCUCUCUGUAAAAAAUCAAUAAAAUAUAUUUAAAAAAACAAAACAUGUAUUUGC